GUAUCCACCCCCAUCCCGCCCCCUCGCUCUCCCUCUCUCAGCUGUGUGUACGAGUACCUGCCAUGCGUGCGUGUGUGAGUGGGCGCGUGAGUGUGCCAUGCCGUUGGUUGUCCUAUGCGGAUUUCACGGUUGCUGCCCUCCUCGUGUCUCGCAACUUCACCCGAAAAGGAACAGACCACACGUCCCUUCGGAAUUCCAGUGCCGUUCCACGCACCGGACUGAAGCACGGCAUUCUGCUUGUCUGUCAUUCGGGAAUAGCCUACCGAUAGUAGCUCCCUUACUCGCUGCAUCUCUGUGCUACGGUUCAGUGCUGCUGAUACCGGUGGUUUAGUACUGCUGGGGGAAUACCGACACUGCAGAGAGAAGGAGAGAGCGGAGAGGAGGAUGGUUCCUGGUGUAGGAGGAGGGAGGUGAUCAUGGCAGAGUGGUGCCUCUGACCCCCUCUCUAAAGAGCGGAGACUACCGCCUCAACUACCUCCCUCCUCCUCCCUAUCAUCCCCCUUACCCCACCCCCUCUAACAUUUACCUUACGCCCCUCCACCCCCCAACACGAGUCACCAUGACGACCUCAGCGUUGCGUCGCCAGGUGAAGAACAUCGUUCACAACUACUCUGAGGCAGAGAUCAAGGUGCGCGAGGCGACGUCCAACGACCCGUGGGGCCCCUCCUCCUCGCUGAUGUCAGAGAUCGCUGACCUCACCUUUAACGUGGUGGCGUUUGCUGAGGUCAUGGGCAUGGUCUGGAAACGCCUCAAUGACCACGGGAAGAACUGGAGACACGUCUACAAGGCCCUGACGCUGCUCGACUACUUGAUCAAGACCGGCUCAGAGAGAGUGGCUCAGCAGUGCCGCGAGAACGCAUUCACCAUACAGACGCUGCGGGACUUCCAGUACAUGGACCGGGAUGGCCGGGACCAGGGGGGCAACGUGAGGGAGAAGGCCCGCCAGCUGGUGUCUCUACUCAGAGACGAGGAACGGCUCAGACAGGAGAGGAGCCAGGCGUUGACCACUAAAGAACGCAUGACGGCUGGAACAGGCGGAGGAGGAGGAGGGACGGGGGGAGGAGGAGGAGGGACGGGACAUGGAGUGGUACCUCCAGCGUACCAACCAGGGCGAAGGACCAGCCAGCCAAAUAUGGCAGCUCACUACGGGGAAGAGUUCAUCCGCUCCCGGGGCUCGCCCUCCUCCUUUAACUCCUCUUCAUCCUCUCCUCGUGAAGCGUCUGAUCUAGAACAGGCCCGCCCCCAGACCAGCGGAGAGGAGGAGCUACAGUUACAGCUGGCCCUGGCCAUGAGCAGAGAGGAGAGUGAGAAGCUGGCCCCACCUCCUCCCAUUGCUAUGGAGACAGAUGACACACAGCUCCAGAUAGCUCUGAGCCUUAGCAAAGAGGAGCACGAGCAGUGUCUCCAUGGAAACUGUGUUGAUGAUGUCACCUUGCCGCCUCUGCAGGACCAGCGUUGUCUCCAAGGAGAUGAGUCGUUUUUGCAGAGAGCCCUGGAUGAGAACAGAAUGGACAGUCACACAGGGACAGGGGAGUCCACUAUGUUGAAUCUGGUGGAUAUCUUUGGCCCCUCUGAGGCGCCGCCCCCAACUGACGACCUCUGGGACGCCCAGCCUGCUGUGACCUCUGACCCCUGGGACUCUGUGGCAGUCCACUCCAACACUGCUGUGAUUGGUAGUCCCUGGAAGACCCGCCCCUCCUCCAGCAGCCCAACCAAUCCUUGGGCUCCGUCACGCUCUCCCACUUGGGAAGCUCCACCCACAUCAUCAUCCAGCCCAGUCAAUCACGGCUGGGAGAGCCCGCCCCCUCUUACAGGGGACGGUACUGAUAGGACGGAUCCCUUCUCUGUCAGGGAGGAGGAGGGGUGUAAAGGAGAAGAGGGACCACCUCAAACUGGCAGUCCUACUGGCCCAGACUUGUUUGGCGAGCGUGUCCUGUCCCCCGAGGUGAACGGGCGAGGGGAGGGCAGUCCGGAGAUGUUUGACCUGUCCCGUCUCGCCCCCCCUCAGGGCUACACGGCCCCCCGGAUGUGUCGCACCCCAGAAGCCUUCCUGGGACCUACGGGGGCGUCGCUCGUCAACCUGGACGCACUCAUCCCCCCUAAUCCUCCUAGCAGGACCCACAACAACCCCUUCCUCUUAGGUCUGAGUGUUCCCUCUCCCACCAACCCAUUCCACUGUGACCAGCCCCGUCUCACACUCAACCAGAUGCUCCGUCCCUGUUCCACCUCCCCACUCCCCCCUCACACCCUCCCCUACAGCCCCUCUCUCCCCCUCCCUCUCCCACACCACACCCAGGCCUCCCCCGGCCUUCUGGACCUCCCCUCUAACCUGCCCCAUCCCCUCCUCCCCCUCUCCCCUGCCCCAGCCCACCGCGUCCUGCCCCAAUCUCACACACACAGCCACAACCCCUUCCUCUGAGUCCUGAGGGGAGAUGGAGAGGCAACUGGCUCUACAACAACCCCUUUCUCUGAGACCUGAGGGAAACUGGCUCUACAACAACCCCUUCCUCUGAGGCCUGAGGAAAACUGGCUCUACAACAACCCCUUCCUCUGAGGCCUGAGGGAAACUGGCUCUACAACAACCCCUUCCUCUGAGGCCUGAGGGAAACUGGCUCUACAACAACCCCUUCCUCUGAGACCUGAGGGAAACUGGCUCUACAACAACCCCUUCCUCUGAGGCCUGAGGAAAACUGGCUCUACAACAACCCCUUCCUCUGAGGCCUGAGGGAAACUGGCUCUACAACAACCCCUUCCUCUGAGGCCUGAGGGAAACUGGCUCUACAACAACCCCUUCCUCUGAGACCUGAGGGAAACUGGGAAACUGGUUCAGGUGAAACCCCUCAGAGAGGAACAGGACCCAUUAAACGCUUCACCGAGAGCAUGAAUGCUCCCCCCUUACCCAUCUGUCCCCUUUACCCAUCUGUCCCCCUUACCCAUCUGUCCCCUUUACCCAUCUGUCCCCCUUACCCAUCU